CCGCCUGUUCCGCUGCAGCGUCUGCCCCCUCCCCUCCGGCUUGGCCCGAGCCCAGCGGCAGCAGCCGGAGCCGGCGGUGCUGGAGCGCGGGGGCAGAAGAUCUGGGAGAAGAGCAGUCCUUUUGGUCCUGAAUGCCUACAGAGCCGACGAGGUAGUUGACUCGAUACACAGAAGAGGUGGAAAAGACCUGAACUGCCUGAACGAGAAGGCACGAGAUCCUCACAAGUGACUGAUCUAUGAAAUGGCAGAGAAUGGAACAGACUGUGACCAGAGACGCAUAGGAAUGAUCAAAGAACAGCACAAUGGGAGUUUCACAGAUCCCUCUCUGGUGAGCGAGCGGAAGCGACGGGACCGAGAAGAGAGGCUGAAUAUCGUGCUCUGGAGACAACCACUGAUUACCUUGCAGUAUUUUCUCCUGGAAACACUAAUAAACUUGAAAGAAUGGACCAUAAAAUUGUGGCAUCGCCGAAGUAUCUUGGUGUCUUUUUUACUGCUGCUUGCAGCACUUACAGCUACGUAUUAUAUUGAAGGAAUACAUCAACAGUAUGUGCGGUAUAUGGAGAAAAAGUGCUUCUGGUGUGCCUACUGGGUAGGCUUAGGCAUUCUGUCCUCUGUUGGACUCGGAACAGGUCUUCAUACCUUUCUGCUGUAUUUGGGUCCACACAUAGCGUCCGUGACACUUGCUGCAUAUGAAUGUAACUCAGUUAAUUUUCCUGAGCCGCCAUACCCUGAUCAGAUCAUCUGCCCUGAAGAGGAAGGGGUUGAAGGAUCCAUCACUCUCUGGACCAUCAUCUCAAAAGUCAGGCUGGAAGCCUGCAUGUGGGGUGCUGGCACAGCUAUUGGAGAGCUACCUCCAUACUUCAUGGCUAGGGCAGCCCGACUCUCUGGUGCUGAGCCUGAUGAUGAAGAGUACCAGGAAUUUGAGGAGAUGCUGGAACACGCAGAGGCUGCACAAGACUUUGCCUCCCGAGCUAAACUGGCUGUUCAGAACCUGGUGCAGAAAGUUGGGUUCUUUGGCAUUCUGGCCUGUGCUUCGAUUCCAAACCCUCUCUUCGACCUGGCCGGGAUAACAUGUGGCCACUUCCUUGUUCCCUUUUGGACCUUCUUCGGUGCAACCCUGAUUGGGAAAGCAAUAAUUAAAAUGCACAUCCAGAAACUUUUCGUUAUUAUAACUUUCAGCAAACAUAUAGUGGAGCAGAUGGUCUCCUUAAUCGGUGCUGUCCCAAGUAUAGGUCCUUCUCUUCAGAAGCCGUUCCAAGAAUACUUGGAAGCUCAGCGGAUAAAACUCCACCACAGACCUGACAGUGGAGUGUCACAGGGGGAAAGCUGGUUAUCAUGGAUGUUUGAAAAGCUUGUCAUUGUCAUGGUUUGCUAUUUCAUCUUGUCUAUAAUCAACUCCAUGGCCCAGAGCUAUGCCAAGCGGCUGCAGCAGAAGAUGUACUCCGAAGAAAAGACCAAAUGAGCUGGGGAACCCCCCUUGAAAUGGUCUCUCUCAGACAUGAAAGUGACAGGUGUUACCAUAUAUUUAAAAUCGGCAUUAUUCAAAACAGGAAAAAACUUUUUAAAAUCAUCAGUUUUUCAGCUGUAACAAGUUUUUCUUUUCGUUUGAAAGUAAUUUGGGUUUUAGAGCAGAACUUUCACUGACAAACUUUAUGUAUGUUAAGGUAAGGUAAACACUCUUUAACUCAGCCUGAGCUGUACAUUAAGGGGUGGUGUGUUGAACUCAUGUUUAACAUAAAUGCUGUCCAUUCCAAUUUACUUCCAAAAUUGAUUUGAUACUUAGCACAAGUCCAGAUGCCCGACUAACUCGCACCCCGGCCUAAAAGUAGUGUCUUUAUUUUGAAGGAUGGCUCUUUCACUUUUUUCCUAAUUUCCAAGUCAUUGAAAUGUAUAGAAACAAUGAUAGACUGGAUAGCAAUCUUGCAUGUUCCUCCUGAGAACAUUAUCCCACGUGAACGCUGAGAGAGAUCCUCCUGUACUGCACGUGCCUCGGUUGGGAAAGCCAGCCUGGCCGACUUUCUACGGGUGUGAGCAGAGAUGGUUGCGGUCAAACUGGUGACACUGACAUUUUUUAUUCUGUAUAUUUAGAAUGAAGUCGAGGUAAAAACUUUAUAAAGUCAUCUUUGAUCAUUCCAGAAUUUCUUGUGUCAGUCUUUUUCAGCUGUUUCUUCUCCACUGCACCUUUUGCAUAUUCUGUUUAUCUUGAGUUUCUUUAUUGAGCCUCUGUAUUGCAUGCUUUUACUAAUCCUUCCUGUGCACAUGGGGCAGAAGCCUUUUGUUCUUGAUUUGGCUCGCAAGAACUUCUUGCUCAGGAGAAGGAGGUAGAAAGCAUGGAGUUGGCACCUUGCACUUUGAUUUAUUUAAAUUGGCCACCUGAAUUAAAAUUCCAUUUAUUUUUAUCAUAUCACUGUAGAGGUUUGCUUCGGGCAACAAAGUGCAGCAGCACCAGAGAUGCAGAAAAAGAGAUGGGGGAGCGUGGAUAUUUAGAAUUAAGACGGAUUUGGUGUAAAACAGUAAUGGUAAUUAACAACUGCAUUAAAGAACAUGAAAGUGUACUCAGAUUAUCCAGAUAUUCGUUUUCUUAUAAAUAUUGUUACAGAUCAGUGUGUUGCCAGGUUUUAAUGUAUGUGAAAUGAACCAACAUUAGCGAUAGGCUUUGUUCCCUUUUAGUAAGUAGGUUGCUGUUCUACUGCUGUUGUAUAUAGAAUGCUUCUCUAAUAACUGCUGAGCUAGUAAGGAUGAGCUAAUUAAAAGAAAUAAUUCUCCUUUCCUUUACUCGGAUGUUCUUUAAUGGUUUUGCGUGGAGCACAGUUAGGAUAGAACUGGCUCAACACCUUUUCAGUUAAAUGCUUCUCUACGAUAGAGCAGGGCCGCUCUCAAGCAAGGUGCAGUAACUGUGUAUUUUGUUCAGUCCUGCCUGAAUGUCCACUUGUGUUGCCUCCCGUCGUGACAUCUCCAUGGCUGUACCAUCCUGUCGGAUAGCUUAUCAGACUGAUGUUGACUGUUGGAUGUCAUGGCAACAACAGUCGGUAGGCUGUCUGACAUUUUGGUAUCUUUCAUCUGACCGUUUGCUCAUCCAUCUCAAACUUGUUUUCAUUGAACAUCAACAGGCAUCUCAGUGUUUGAAAGUUAGGAUGGAUCUGACUUCUAAUGUAAGCCCGUCUUAAAAUUCAGCACUCGGCCUCAGAAGCAUCCCAAGUGUGUGUGAGAUGCAUGCUGUUUUGCUUUUGUACACCUCAUAUAUAACUUUAAGCAAGCUGACAGUGUUAUUGAGCAAGGGAAGUUUUUUAUAUAGGCAUCUAACCAGAACUUCUAAUGAGAACAUUGUUUCUCGAUCAUCUACGCUGUUGGAGGGACGGGGCAAACUUUUUAAAGGCAGUAGGGGCAUUUCAUUGCCCAUCUUUUGUUGGGGGGAGGGUGAGGGGGACAGGAUUAAAUGCCUUUUUUGCAUCUUUAAAAAUCUUGUCCCUGUCUUGAAAGAGAAACCAUUUUCGUAUU